CUUUUAAAUCUUAACUCGACGCUGCUGUAUAUCAGAGCAAGGCAGUGAGGGCUUCAGAGGUGCAGAGAGUUUUGACCGACAUGGAGAAAUCAGAAGGAAGACAAACUGGAAAGAAGGUUGUGGCAGUGGUGGGCGGUGGCUUGGUUGGAGCACUAAAUGCCUGCUACUUUGCCAAAAGAGGCUUCAAUGUUCACGUCUAUGAAAGCAGGGAAGAUAUCAGGAAAGCCAAAAUCGUGAAGGGGAGGAGCAUCAACCUGGCCUUGUCUCACAGAGGUCGGCAAGCAUUGAAGCGUGUUGGAAUGGAGGACAAGAUCAUCUCCAAGGGAAUUCCCAUGCAUGCAAGAAUGAUCCAUUCCCUCAGUGGCAAACAGUCUCCAAUCCCUUAUGGCAAAAAAGGCCAGUACAUCCUGUCAGUGGACCGGGCUAAUCUGAACAAAGAGCUUCUAACCGAGGCAGAGACGUAUCCAAACACAAAGCUGAACUUUGACCACAAGCUUCAGGACUGGAGUGCUGACACAGGGCUGAUGACCUUUAGCAGGACUGAUGGAUCAAAAGAUCAAAUUCAUGCAGACCUGAUUGUUGGUUGUGAUGGAGCUUUUUCCGCCAUUCGAAAGCAGUUCCUUCGGCGUAGUCGCUUUAACUACAGUCAGACGUACAUCCCUCAUGGCUACAUGGAGCUCACCAUGCCACCCAUCAAUGGAGAGUUUGCCAUGAAGCCUAACUAUCUGCACAUCUGGCCACGAAACACUUUCAUGAUGAUAGCUCUACCCAACCUGGACAAGACCUUUACCUGCACCCUCUUCAUGCCAUUUGAGGACUUUGAGAAGAUCACAACAGGAGACGAAGUCAUCCAGUUUUUCCAAAAUUACUUCCCUGACACCAUCCCGCUAAUUGGAGCAGAAGCACUCAAGAAAGAUUAUUUCCGCCUUCCCGCUCAAGCGAUGGUCUCUGUUAAGUGCACCCCAUAUCACAUCGGUGAGAAAUGUGUCCUUAUGGGAGACGCAGCCCACGCUGUGGUGCCGUUCUAUGGACAGGGGAUGAACGCUGGCUUUGAGGACUGCAUUGUCUUUGAUGAACUAAUGGAACAGUUCAAUGAGGAUUUCAGUGCCGUGUUGCCUGAGUAUACCAAGGUGCGGGUUCCAGACGACCAUGCAAUUGCAGACCUGGCCAUGUACAACUAUGUUGAAAUGCGAGCGCACGUCAACUCCAAAUGGUUUCUCUUCAGAAAGCAUGUAGAUAACGUCCUUCACUUCUUCCUGCCGAAGACAAUCAUCCCACUUUACACAAUGGUCACUUUUACCAGGAUCCCAUACCAUCAGGCUGUGGAGCGCUGGCACUGGCAAAACAAAGUGAUAAACCGCGGGCUGCUCCUCAGUGCUGCGGGGGCUGCGUUGGGAGGCUCCUACCUGCUCACCAAGUAUAGUCAUCAAAUGAGCCAGCUUGCUGUUCCUGCAGAGAAAAUAUGGAGCAGACUUGUGACUUUUCGGAUCCCUGGAAUGAUAACAACCCAAAUGUGACAAAAAUGGCAGUGUGGUUAAAGCCCAUUAGCUGCUCAUCAAAUGACUGAUCUCAAGCUAAUAAUAAAAUUCAUUCUAACCUUUUGACACCUUACCGGUAAUGAUGCAGUAAUGUUGACAGCAGAGGAUUCCAGCUGUAGAGUUCAGCACAUUAUUGAUCAGGUUUCUUAGGAAGUCUUCAUAUUUAACUUGAUAUUAAGCUCAUUAGGAUACAUUAAUGGGUUUAUGGAGAUGUUUGACAUAAACCAAUAAAUGUGUGUUUUCAGAACAGUCA